AUCUGAUAACCUGUAAUCUUAAGUUUCAUCUGAGAUACAGAGUUACGUUUUCUUUUGAGUUACAUUGUUGCAAAUUUAUCUUAACUCUGUGACAAACUGUGAUUGCAGACACUGUUGGAUAUAAGUUGAUAACAACAGCCACUUCUAUGUUUUUGUUGUGAAUGUGCUGAGCUGGUAUUGUAUUUGUACAGGUGAACUGAGCUGAUACCAAGAUGGGUUUUUGUGGAGGCUGUUUCAAGGCUCUGUUGAUAUUCUUUAACAUCAUUUUCUGGCUGUCAGGUGCGGCCAUCCUCGGUGUUGGGGUAUGGAUGAUCGUGGACAAGAACAUCAACAGCUACUUCGAGGUUCUCAAUGUGGACACACACGACCAGUACUUUAAAUAUGCUGCGUACAUGCUGAUUGCGUUUGGUGUGUUUGUUUUCCUUGUUGGUUUCUUCGGAUGCUGUGGGGCCAUCAGGGGAAGCAAAUGCUUGCUGGGACUGUACAUCUUCUGUCUGGUGCUGGUGUUUGCGGGCGAGAUCGCUGCAGGAGUCAUCUCUAUUAUCUACAAGUCAGAGGUCGAAAAAAAAGUUGACGACACCCUAACAAAGUCCAUCAAGGAGAAGUAUAACAUCUCAACCACCAUCACUGAAGCCUGGAAUGUGGUCCAGAUACAGCUUGACUGCUGUGGAGGUUUGGGCGCAAACGACUAUAAUGGUAGCAAGUUUGAGGAGAAAAACCGACCAAUGAAGAUUCCGCCAACCUGUUGCGUCCUGACCAACAAAAACGAGGCGGAAGAAAAACCAGACUCUGCCAAGGCCAAAAAUCUCACGGCAUGUAUGGAAUUGAAGGAUACUAUGUUCUUUCAUCAAAAGGGCUGUAAGGAGGGAUUGAUUGACUGGGCCAAGAUGCACACGGCCAUUCUCAUUGGGGUAGCCAUGGGUAUAGGCGCCAUUCAGAUAUUUGGACUGGUCAUAGCCAUCUGCCUCUGCCGACAAGUGGACAGAGAGGAAAAAUACUAGGGACACCAAAACACCCUAAAUGGCUCAACUUACCAAAUGGCAAUAUAUGUGUACAACAAAAUUGAUUAUUAUAUAAUAACCCCACUCAAUAUGCUGAAGGCAAUAUCCACAUAAUAAAACAUAAUAUUCUUGAGUCAUUAUAGUCAUCAAAUCAAUUUUAAGUCUUUGAUAAAGCAGGCUUGUUUAGGCAUUCACAAAUGUGUCAACUUUGAAUUUUAUCCUCGACCAUAUUGCAGGAGUGAUGAUUUGGAAAAGUUCCUGAAAACUUACAGAAGUGCAAAAAAUUGAUAUUUUUUGAAAUUGUCAGUAAUAGAUCUUCAUGUAUGUAUUGUGUUUCUUGGAUUUGAAAUCAUUUUUUAUCGGCUAAUAUAACCCUUUGACACGUUGUUAUUAUGGAUUUUUCAAUAUUAUCAUAACAUAAAUAGUUAAUAAAAAAAAAAUCCUGAACUAUUUAAAGGUUUCCUUAAGGUUUUUCUCAGGUUCUGCCUGAUUUAUAUUACUUUCUUUAUUUUAACAGCUGAACAAAAGAAUCUCUCUUUAUGGCAAAAUUAGUAACUGUUAAAACAAAUUAUUGAAGAGAACAAUGUGUCAUUUCUACAGAAAAUUAACCUUAUGUAAUCGUUGUUUGUGUCUUGUAAUCAGAAAUAUAUUGCAGUGAAUAUUCUGCCGCAAUUUAAUAGGAUAAUUUUAUAUCCAUGAUUUUAUAGUUAGUCUGAAAGAGGUAUACAUGACCACUAUAGUUUGUUUUCUAUACAUUUUCUUUUCAAAUGAUGUGUUCUUUUUUCAUUCAGUGUUCUGUGAACUCAAGCAUCAUUUUCUCAUAAAUCACAAUAGUUAACAACGUAAAUUAUUGCUUAAUUCCAAUUUAUGGAUUAAUGGCUUAAUUUACAUGAUCGAUAGGAAAGGUAAAUAUGUAAAGUUUAUGACAUCUACAGAAGGUUACAUCGAAACUUGAAAACGUUCUUAUCAGCUUGAAUAAAGCCAAUUUAAGGCAUGUUUACAAUUUGAUUGGUUUACAUUUUUCUGCUCAAGAGUAGGCAACUGUUAAGGCUGUUAUGCAUGUACAUGUUUUAGUCAGUGUUCAGAAUAAUGUAGAGUUAUAUCCAGGGUUUCUGAAAACUGACAAUUUGCCGAUCUGGACUGAUUUUGACCACACCAGACCGAUUUCAGGAACAAAAAAUGGUUAGAAAAUCGGUCUGAAAUUUGUUUCUUAUUUUUUGGUCCAAAACAGCUAAGUCAGUAGAAAAUGUAAUACACAAACCAGUUUUGUCAUUGAAAAAAACACCUGACACCCCAAUUAAAUAGAAUAAAAUUGCUAUCACUUAUAUUCAAUCCUUCUCUGUUAAAAGCAAUCCCAUGACUCGGUCAAUUUCAGUAUUAUUGUCAGUCAUUGUUUUGUCUCCUUGUUACUGAAGUUAAGGUUCGGAUAAAUCUUAGAUUGAAUGGAUUAGUGAUGUAAUAAAACUGACAAUUGCUUUUUAAGAGGCAGUUUCAGUUUGGUAUAAGAAAAUGUUUUACGACAAGUGCUAAGCUUAGUUUGGUCAUGUAGAAGAUCUAAUGAUUAUCAAAUAUCAAAUAAAUAUGUUUGGGGUUUAUUAAGCAAAAAAGAAAUGUAAAUUGCCACAAAAGUAGCCAUGGAAUUAUGUCAUAAUUUCAUCACAUUGUUUUCUUUUAUCAUAUUUAUUUUGAGACCCAUUUAUGUUUGUGGCUGUUCAAGUUUAUCAAUGUUAAGUAAUAGUUAUGGUUAGGUAGUUUCAUUCUUUUUCAACCCUACAUAUACUUGUAAAGGUCUUGGUUGAAACAUAAAUGUGCUUAUAAAAACGAAAUGUAAAAUUCAAUUGUAUAUAUAUUUAUAUAUAUAUAUAUAUAUAUAUAUAUAUAUAUAUCAUAGUUUAUGUUAUGUUUCUAUAUUACAAAGUCAUUAUUACAUGCGAUACUUUGUACAUAAUCUUAUUCUGUUUUCAUUUGCAGCUAUAUGUUAAAGUUUUCCAAUUUGUUGUGUAUAUCAUAUGAUAUGUAAUGAAAAUUAGACAUAAUGUCAUGAAAAUCUAACAGAUAAUGCAAUGAAAAUAAGACAGAAUGUCAUGAACAUCAAAGUUUAACUUAAAAAUAUUUAAAAAAUCAGACGUUUUGUUCUGAAAAUCAAGAAGGAUUGUAAUGAAAAUCAGACAGAUUGUAAUGAAAAUCAGACGAUUGUUCUGAAAAUCAGACAGAUUGUAAUGAAAAUCAGACAGAUUGUAAUGAAAAUCAGACGUUUUGUUCUGAAAAUCAGAUGGAUUGUAAUGAAAAGCAGACAGAUUGUAAUGAAAAUCAGACAGAUUGUAACGAAAAUCAGACGUUUUGUUCUGAAAAUCAGACAGAUUGUAAUGAAAAUCAGACGUUUUGUUCUGAAAAUCAGAUGGAUUGUAAUGAAAAUCAGACGUUUUCUUCUGAAAGUCAGAUGGAUUGUAAUGAAAGUCAGACGGUAUGUUAUGAAAAUAAGACGUUAUGUUAUGAAAAUCAGACGGUAUGUUAUGAAAAUCAGACGGUACAAUGUAAUGAAAAUCAGUCUGUAUUAAAAAUGGAUGUCAGACAUAAUGUAAUGAAAAUGAGACAUUACUUUGAGGGAUUAAUUAAGAUUUUGCUAAACAAAAGGCACAUGAAUCUCAUUUUAGUGUUUAUUUUUUCAAUGAUAAACUAGGAAUGCAUUUUUUGCAGAACAUUAAGGUUACAAUCUAUAAUUGGAAAACAAAAUAAACUGCAAUACAAGCCAAAGUCUUGAGUCAAAGUCUACUGGCCAGAAUUGUUCAAUCUAUGAUGGCUCAGGAAACCUAAUUGUGCCAUACAUCUUAUGCUUUUGAAAUUGUUUUAUUUGGUAAAAAAUGUUACUCCCACUAACCGUGUCAGGAGAUGACUUAAGAUAAAAGCAUCGAUUUUGUUCUUGAGAUAAAACCAUUUAUUUUGAUCUUCAGAUAAAAGUAUCUAUUUUGAUCUUGAGAUAAAAGUAUCUUUUUUGAUCUUGAGAUAAAAGCAUCUAUUUUGAUCUUGAGAUAAAAGUAUCUAUUUUGAUCUUGAGAUAAAAGCAUCUAUUUUGAUCUUGAGAUAAAAGCAUCUAUUUUGAUCUUGAGAUAAAAGUAUCUAUUUUGAUCUUGAUAAAAGUAUCUAUUUUGUUCUUAAGAUAAAAGCAUCUAUUUUGUUCUCGAAGCUAAAGCAUGUAGUUGGUUAACAUAACCAUAAAUUGAUUAUGGUUACGUAAUAGAUUGUUUUAAUAUGAGGCUGACUUAAGAAGAGCUAUCAUAGAUCCGUUGUAUUUUGAGUGCAAGCUUGAUGUUGAGUGAAGAGAUUUAUUCAAAGCCAGUUUCCGUGCAAUCUUUAAUCGUUAAGGGUACGAUAAUCAUAAGCUCCAUCAUAUAGAAAAUGCAAGCUUUAUAUUCAGAGUAACCUCUAUAGCCGGAGUGCAUUCUUAAGUUAAUAAUCUCAUAGGCUUUGUACAGGCUUGAUUUGUUUCAAUUCAGGGCCCAAAGGGGCUGAAAUGAUGAAGUUUUUGCAACUUUUCUGAUCGCCCCAGUGGGCCCGUUGUUUUUAUUCAUUCCCUUUAUACCUUACCUCAUUAUUGUUUUAACGAUUUGAUUCAUUUUGUUAAAAUAUUAUAUAUGCUUUAAACGUUAACCAUUCAUAUUUACAUUUUAUGUUUAAUGUUAGAAAUAUAUUUAAGCUUUGGAUUUUUGUGUACGCUUUUUUGUUUGGGUCUGAAUUUAGCUAUAUAGUAUAGAUUAUAAACUGACAAAUACAUGUAGUUCAGUUCGCAUGUGAGUAAUCAGAAAGUUUGAACUUGGAAUAAGAAGACAAAAAGUAUAUUGGUACAAGUAUAUUUUAUUUAUUGGUAGUUAGGAAUAGCUAGGAUAUGCCAUUAAAGCUGCAAUCUCACAGAGUGUCAGUUUUUACACUUUUUAGAAAAGUUGUCUCAGGAUCGAAUAAAUCUCGAAUGUUUGGUAAAGCUGCAGAAAAGUUUAUUUAAGGCAUACCACAUUAGUUUUCAAACAUAAAUAUGAACAGCUGAUCUUUUGUCAGCAGUCUUAUAUCACUGGUUUCCAGACAUUGACUUAAAACUUGGAUCUUCAAAGACAAAAAAUAAAAACAAAUGUCAAAACUAUCAGUCUGUGAGAGUGCAGCUUUAAAGCAUACUUCUUGUAGUGAGUUGGUGUCAGAAUUCUGUCCUCAUAAAACCAUGUGCAUUCUCUGGUAGUGCAUUGUUUUAAGUCUUCAUUACUCAAGAAUCUGAUGUACAUUAUAAAGGUAAUUUAAUGUAGAUACUGGUUUCACAGCCUGGAGUUGAAAUUCUUAUACUUUACUACCCCCUAUAUACUUGAUUUGUUCAUAAAAAUGUUCAUAAAAAAACUUGGUGGUAAAUUUUACAGAUUUAUUUUUAUUUCGUGCGAGGGAAUUUCGAAAGGAAUUUUAUUGAAUUAUACAAUAUAUGAUAAGAUGAUGUUUAAACCAUAAUUUGACAAUUUAUCUUUGUGUUAAAGGAAUAAUGAAGCCAAUGUAACUGGUACUACCAACAAGUGCACAUUGUUGAAAUGUGUUUCUGUGGGGUUUCUUUGUAUUGUAGUGAAAAUGUGCCUUGUAAAAAUGAAGGUGUUGUUGUUUUACAGACAUUUUACCUCUUUUACUGUCUUUUAAAUAUCUUGCCACCGAAAAACGAUAUUGUUGAUAUAUUUUGUUCUAUUUUUAAACUUCCAAAGAGUUGAAAAGCAUUUUUGUAAAGAAUUAAUUACUUAAUUAUUGCACAGUUAUCAAUAUUGAAUAACACUAUUUGACUUCUUCAAUGAAAGUGAUUUGCUCAAUAUUUGAAAAAGGUGAGCAAAAAAGUUGUUAAUAUUGUGAAGAAAAAUAGUUCCUUCAUGUUAAAUGUUGACCUCCGGCCUAUUUACUGGUUCAUGUUUCAAAAUUGUUUCUUGCUAUAUAGUUUAUAGAAUGUAUGGUAUUGUAUAUUUUCUAAUAUUUUAGAAUAAACUACUAAUUGUUCAAAGCUUU